ACAAUAUAUACAUUCCAGCGAGCAAAAUUCCCAAUUCCAAAUUCUGAUAAAAGUUCAGAAGGAAUUUGAAUUAUUUCCAACGACCCCUUCCUUCGAAAGGCUUUACGGCCUGGGUUGGGGUUAAUAUCUGUAUCUGUGUGCAGAUUUGUUGGGAAACAUUUGCAUGCAUAUUCAUUGUGGGAAUUUUGCGACGUUGGGUGUAUAAUAUAGGCCAAAGUUCUUGGUUAAAUUUCGUCGGAGGCUGAAGAAAAACGCAGCUUUUUGUAUUGUUAAGGAUAAACAUUUUAAUGUAUCUUUAGAAAUCUUUGUUUUCCCUGGGUUUAAUUUUCUUAAGAAUUUUUGAGUUGGGUUCGCUGGAAAUUUCUGGGCAGUGGGUGUUUCUUGGAAUUGGAAUUGGUUAAUGCCCAGAAAGGUAUCACGUAUGAUUUUAGGGUUGUAGUAUGCGUGUCAAAUGAAAUGAGGGGGAAGGGAACAUGGACGGUAAGAGAAAUUUGGGAAUUUAUGGGCAUGGCAAUGCUCCGCUGCGUCGUCGUUUCUGUAGUUUUUCUUACAGCUUUGGCAGCCAUUGAUUCAGAUUGGAAGCUUCCGAGCAGCCAUUUGGGCAAUGCUGCUCCUUUCUAUCUUCAAAAGACAGGCAAACAUAAGGCAGCACAGCUCUGUAAUCAAUGUAAGAAAGAAUUCUUAGAGAUUUCAGAAGACGGGCCAUAUUUGGAUGUUCGUUUCCCAACCCCAUCAGAAGGAAAUCGUAGCUUUAUACAGUCUUAUUACACUUUGUUGGCAAAAAGAAGUUUAUGGGUGGCAGUUUCCUAUUUGUUUUCUCAAGAGCGAGAGCAGCACAUUCAUAUGGAAAAUUCGACUUUACAUGGUGUUCUCAAAGAUGAUAAUGUAUCCGGGGCUGGGUUGAUUAAGUACAAGUACAAAGAGUUUCUUUCCACUUUGUCCAGGGUGCCAAGGAGAUCCCUAAGAUUUAAAAAGUACAAGCGUGUGGAGGAUACAGGGUCUGAUCAAGUUCAAGUUCAUAGCCCUGCUCCAUCUCCAGAAAAUGCUGCAGUGUCAUCGGUUUCUGAUCAAGGAUCAUCUGAAGAAGCCGCUGAUAGCUCUAACUCCUCUGAUCCUUCUUCAUCCGAGUCCCAAGAAAAAGAGUCUAAAAGUGAGUCUGAAGAAGAACCGACCGAGACUUCAAAAUCAUCCACUGAUUCUUCAAGACCAACAAUUGCUGCUCGGAAGACAAAAAAAGUUGCGAGUAGUUCUUCAAAAAAUGAGGACAGCUCAGUUAUCUUGGUUGCCAUUAUUGGGGUCGCUUCGGUAGCACUUCUCAUCGUGGUUAUAUUCUUGGUUUGCUCUCUCAAGGAAAUGGAUGACAAUGAGAAUGACAAUGACAAUGAGAAUGACAAUGACCGGCCAAGGGAUGAAAAACCUCUCAUUAAAGUUGAGCCUGCUGCUGAUAUCUCCGCUGCUGAUUCUCCAAACGACUCUCAGAGCACAGAAAAUCCUGGCGAAAAUGAUUCCCAGAGUUUGCCUAGUGCUAAUAAUGAUCUCCCAGUUGCAACUGAAAGCGAAACACCAUCAGAAACCAAUACUAUGGCUACCGAAGCUACAGAAGCUGCACCUGUGAAAUCUCACGCAGCAUUACCACUUCCCCCGGGAAAAUCUGCACCUCCUCCACCCGCUAAUCCAAGUCCUCCUCCACCAGGACCACCAGGGCCACCGGGACCACCAGAACCACAAGGACCUCCAGAACCUCCGGUGCCUACAGGACCUCCAGAGCCUACAGGACCUCCAGCACCUACAGGACCUCCAGCACCUACGGGACCUCCAGCACCUAAACCCCCUGGUCCUAAAUGCCCUCCUCCUCCGGGAGCUCGCCCUCCUCCUAAUCCACCUAAGCCAGGUAGUGGACCGAAGUCUGCACCGCCUCCUGGACCAAAUCACAAAGGACCGAAUUCUGCGAAUGACGGAACUGAAAAUGGAGAAUCUCCGAAAGCCAAACUAAAGCCAUUUUUCUGGGACAAAGUUAAUGCAAGUCCUAAUACCUCGAUGGUUUGGCAUGAGAUAAGAGGGGGCUCGUUCCAGUUUAAUGAGGAUCUGAUGGAGUCACUAUUUGGAUAUUCUCCAGCAGAAACCAAAAAUGACCGCAAGAAAGAGCCAAAGGCUAGUUCGCAAUUUAUUCAGAUCAUUGACGCUAAGAAGGCACAAAACCUAGCUAUUCUUCUUAAAGCCUUGAAUGUGACAACAGAGGAAGUCUGCGAUGCACUCAAAGAGGGUAAUGAGCUACCACCUGAACUCGUUCAAACUCUGUUGAAGAUGGCACCGACAGCAGAUGAGGAACUUAAACUUCGGUUAUAUACUGGGGACAUUGCUCUGCUUGGCAUUGCUGACCGCUUUCUCAAAAUCCUUAUUGAGAUACCCUUUGCCUUCAAAAGGAUGGAAUCAUUGUUGUUCAUGAGCAUUCUUCAGGAAGAAGUUGCUUACACUAAAGAGUCCUUUACAACCUUAGAGGUGGCGUGUAACGAGCUUAAAAACAGCAGACUCUUCCUGAAACUUCUCGAAGCUGUUCUGAAAACUGGGAACCGAAUGAAUACUGGCACUUACCGUGGUGGCGCCCAGGCUAUCAAGCUCGAUACUCUCUUGAAACUCUCGGAUGUGAAAGGAACUGAUGGCAAGACCACGCUCCUACAUUUUGUUGUUCAAGAAAUUAUUAGAUCCGAAGGCUUAAGAGCUGCUCGUACAUUAAACGAGAGCUACAGUAUGUCCAGUGUGAAGACUGAAGAUCUCGUAAAUGAUGCCCCACAUGAUUCGGUAGAGUAUCAUCGGAAGCUUGGCCUUCAGGUUGUUUCUCAGCUCGGUGAUGAACUUAAGAAUGUGAAAAAGGCAGCCGUCAUAGAAGGCGACAACCUAACACAGACUGUAGCGAAACUUGGCCACUCACUUUUGAAAUCUAAGGAUUUUCUGAAAAAAGAUAUGUCGAGUUUAGAGGGAGAUGAGUUCGGCAUAACACUUACUAGCUUUUUGGAGCACGCGGAAGGGGAAAUCCCAACGCUGCUCAAAGAAGAGCAAAGGAUCAUGGCUUUGGUGAAGAGCACCGGGGAUUACUUCCAUGGGAAAUCAGGAAAGGAUGAAGGGUUGCGUCUCUUUGUCAUUGUUCGUGACUUCUUGGUAAUGUUGGACAAGGUAUGUAAAGAGGUGGAGAAGGAAGCUAAGGAGAAGGAAGCUAAGGCUCAGGUAAAGCCUCCAAAAAAGGAAACAGCAUCAACCCCAUCAUCUUCUUCCCCCCAAGAACCAAAAACGGAGUCGUUGCCAGAUACGCCCCAACAACUAUUUCCAGCAAUAGCACCAUCUUCCUCCCAAGAACCACAACAGGAGUCGUUGAUUGAUAUGCGCCAACGACUGUUUCCAGCAAUAACAGCACGAAAGGUAGACGAUGAUUUCAGUUCAGAUGACGAGAGCACUGAUUCAUCAUAACCAGGAUCAGUUUUCCUGCUCCACAUAGCGUGCGUUUAUAGGCUUACAAUCAUACAUGGUGUGCUACAACCUACAAAAGACAAAUAUUUUCGGGCGCAAAAGGACUAUAAGCCAUUGUGACAGAUAGACCAUCUUCCACUGCUGGUACCUGAUGGUAAAUUAAUCGAAUCCUUAACCCAACAUCAACAUUCAUAUUUAGUGUAUCAUCUGAUUUACUGUGUUGAAUGUUUAGGUGAAUGAGAAAUGUGGGAAUUGAUAUAGCAGGGUAGUGUUGUGCAGAAUGAUCUAUCCCUCAUCCCUGUAACUUUUUCAUACUAGCUUGUUUUAGAAAAGAGAGUAAGCAUAGCAUUAUCCAGGCCUUGUACUUCAUUUUAUCCCCAAAUUCCCCUGGUUUGGCUGUAUACAUCUCUGUAUAUUAAACAAAAAGGAAUCUGUAAUUCUAUUAUGGCUUUGGCCUUUAACGUUGAAUCAAGUGGAGUUUUAAUAACA